AUGGGGCACGAAGAACGCCACGAGUACGUGAACAAGUUGAGGAAGGAGCAAGGUCUGACGCCGAUGCCGAGUAGGAAGAAAGUCGUGGUGCCAGACAAGUUCAAGUUGCCCGAAGGCAUCGACGUGGAGAAGUUUUUGUCCAUGAACCCUGGCCGGCAGCGCAUGGAGUACUUGGCCAGAUUCAUCAGGCAGCAUAAGAUUGACCUGAAAUCUUCUCGUGUGGUGAAACCUGGCGUGCCAGUGGGACGUAAACCGGAGCCUCGGUCUCACCCGCGCUGUGGUUGCUCGAGCUCUGAAGCUUGUGCGUGCUGCAGCAGGUGCGUGGAGCUCCACUGCAUCUGUGGAUUAGCCGUACGCCAGCGUCGUGCCCUGUGCCAGGAGUCUCGAGCAUGCAGCUGCAUACUUUUCGACCCGACGGCGCGUUGCAAACUUUGCCGUGGCUGUCGACAGCCUCAAGGGUUCAGUCACUGUCGCUGCGUACUCCAUCAAAAAUUGUUGUGGACUAAACGGCAUCCUGAACUUGAAGUGGAGCUGACGGAAGAAGAGGAGAAGGUAGCAUGCAACUGUUUCGUGCUUGCGAACCGGCAUGGAGGUGCGACUGUAACGAAGGAAAAGGAAGAGAAGGCCUUGGAGGAAAUUGAGCGUGUCCGACGCAUUAAGAGAGCUACCGGAUUCCCUUCAAGCGACAAUAUUUUUCGCACCAAGAAGAUCUCGACAUUCCUUGGUGACGAAGGUCUGGAAGAUGAGUGGGACGAUGGAGUCGACGAUGGACCAGGCACUGAAAUUUUACCACCACGUACUGAAAGUGUGGUUCCGCGGACGAUGGUGAGGAGAAUGUUUAAUCCCGUAUUCCACCCUGCGUCUUAUCACCCAUUGCAUCAUGAUCUGGAGAAAUGGAUUCGAAGCGCUAUCGUCAUCCCCUUUUUCACCGCUACUGGUGCCAUUCGAAAAGGACCAAGUACUUCAUCCAAGAAGAGGAAUGGGAAAGCGAAAAGGCGAACAAGGAAGAAGAAGAGCGACAUUGUGGAAGCGCCGGUGGCGGCUUCUCCUCCUUCCAUCCGAUUGUCAGUGAAGGCCAAUCCCGUGCACGGCAGUCCUGCGUAUAAGUUACAAUACGCAACGACGCUAGAGGGUGGGCAGUGUAUUAAGGCGUCAGUUGGCGGAUUAGACAGCAAGGCCAAGGCGAAUGCUACGCUCACACAACUCGCGAAGACCCUGGAGCAUCAUUACAAGAGAAGUAAGGGUUUGCUAAAGCGCCCACAUCCCCCGCCCCCGGUACCGGGCCCUCCACCUGCUCCUCGACCUCUCCCCCCACUGGACCCAAACAACCCGUAUGACGACAUGUAUCCAUACGUGCAUGAACAUUUUAAUCGCUAUCUGCAGCAGAGGUGGAAGGCAUCCAUCGCGGAAUACAUGAGCUGGAAAGUAGCGAUGGCGCAAGGCCUAGAAUGGGUCCCUGAACGCAAGCAAAAGAGAAAGCGCAAGAGCGAAGAAUCGCUGCAAGAGGAAUCAAGCAACAAGAAUGGAAGAGUGGGUUGA